AUGGUCCAGCUCUUCAAGCCUGCCCACGGGCGCUACACUCCGCGCGACAAGGACAGCUUCUCGUACACCACUGUUACUCACAGGUGGCCCGUGAUCAUCACCAACAUCGUGUCGACCGUCAGCUCCGAGAACCACAAGCUUGCCAACGAUGACCCCCGUCUCGCCGAAGGAAAGGCCAUCAUCUCGGAACUCAGCGCGCUUAAGCACCAAAUGGGACGCAACAGCGUGUUGCACGAAGCUGACUUCAGGCCCAUCCAGGACGACGGCGGCGGCAACCUCGCCUGCUACAACGAUGAGCUGGCGGCUACCCCUGAGGAAGAGAAGAGGUGGUUUACCGCCAACUGGCUCUUUGCCGAGUGUUACCUGUACCGCGUCCUUCGCUCGCUCUUUGCCCGUACGCAGCACUGGGCCGACUACGACCCCUUCUUUGAAUCCAAGGCCGAGACCUACAAGUCCAGCUCGACCGCCAUUGUUCACUUGGCGGAGGCUCUCAAUGCAAUGGUCACCGACGAGCGCCUCCAGGACGGGUGGGAGAAGGAGGGAAGCAGGCUGGAGAUUGCCUUCUGGGAGAUGAUCCAGGCCGCGCUCUGGGGCAACGCCACGGACCUCUCGCUCCUUGUGGACCUUAAGUACGAGGACCUCCAAAAGCUCCAGGCGGUCGGCAAGGCGGCUCAGGCGGCUCAGGCGGCCAAGGUGCUGCGUGACGACCUGCCCAAGGUCUGGGCUCUCCUCAAAACUGUCAAGGACGGCCAGGUCGAUAUUGUGCUUGACAACGCCGGUUUUGAGCUGUAUACCGAUCUGGUGUUUGCCGACUUCCUCAUCUCGUGUACGCCGUUCGUCAACAAGGUCGUCUUCCACCCCAAGACGGUUCCUUGGUUCGUCUCGGACGUCCUGCCCUAUGACUUUGGAUGGGCGAUUGACUCGCUCCUUGACACGUCCUUCUUCGCCAGCCACGCUCAGUUGAAGGACGGUGACACCGACUCGCUCACUACCCUCGCGCAGCGCUGGAAGGCACACGUCGCCGAGGGCCGCUUCCAUCUCUCGGUCCCCGUCGACACCAAGAUGGGUGCCGACGUCCCCGCUGCCAACUUCUGGUGCACGCAGUUUGCGUACCAGGACCUGCCUGCCGUCGACCCCGAACUCCUCGCCGCCCUCCAGAAGUCGGACCUCGUCGUGUUCAAGGGUGACCUGAACUACCGCAAACUGAUCGGCGACGCCAAGUGGCCCACGACGACGCCGUUCGAGGAGGCCAUCGGCCCAUUGAAUGGCAAGAUCAACCUCGUGUCGCUCCGGACGAACAAGGCCGACACUAUCUGUGGUCUUCCUGAGGGUACCGAGGAGCGACUGGACGCCGAGGACAAGACGUGGCGCAUCUCGGGGAAGUACGCCAUCGUGUCGUUUGCCGCGCGCGCGUAA